AUGACUUCGGUACGCACCAUUCUUGCUCUAGCAACUAAUUUCGGGUGGAAACUAUGGCAACUAGAUGUCAAAAAUGCAUUCUUAUAUGGAGAGCUUGAUAGACAUAUAUAUAUGGAGCUGCCAAUCGGAUUUGAAUCCGAAAGUCAUCCGGACUUUGCAUGCAAGUUGAAGAAGGCACUUUAUCGAUUAAAGCAAGCCCCGCGAGCCUGGUUUGGGAAAAUUGCAGAAUUUUUACAAUUUUGUGGUUAUGUGGUAUCCGACUCGGAUUCAAGUCUGUUCGUCAAGAAAAGCCAAGGAUUUUUUGUGGUUGUUCUACUAUAUGUCGACGAUAUUAUAUUAACGGGCAGCAAUCAUUCAGAAGUUGCUCGAAUUCAAGAAGAACUAUCUUUGCGUUUUGACAUGAAGAAGCUAGGCGAGGUGAGUAACUUUCUCGGAAUACAAAUUGAAAAUUUGGAUGAUGGGGUUUUUGUGUCUCAAUCCAGCUUCACCAAGAAGCUCGUUGAGAAGUUCGGAAUGAUAAACUGGAAGAAGCGGUCAACGCCACUCGAUGUAGGUAUGAAGCUUCGUCGUGAUGAAGGAACACAACUAUCGGACCUCCAUCUCUAUCGUGCCCUUGUGGGAAGCCUGAUUUAUCUAACAAUAACAAGACCGGAUAUUGCCUUCUCUGUUAGCGUUGUUAGCCGAUCUAUGCAAGCACCGAGGAAGCCACACCUCGAGGAGGCAAAGAAUAUAUUGAAGUACGUUAAUUCUACUCUUGACAUGGGCUUAUUUUACAAGAAGGGUGCAAAAUUCUCUUUGGAAGGAUUUGUGGAUGCUGAUUUUGGUGGAGAUUUAGAUGAUCGAAGAUCAACAUCCGGAUUCAUUUUUUAUGGGGAAAAACAAGUAUUUCAUGGUGCAGCAAAAAGCAAAGUUCGGUGUCAUUGUCCACCAUAUAAAGCUUCGGCCCAUGCCGCUCAAGAAUGUGUUUGGCUUCGUAGACUUUUUGAAGAUCUCCAAGAACCCAUUGAUGGAUCGGUUCCUAUUCAUGGAGAUAACUUAAGUGCGAUCAAGCUUACAUCAAAUCCCGUCUUCCACGCAAGGACGAAACAUAUUGAACUUGAGCAUCACUUCAUCCGUGAAAAAGUGCUUAGCGGGAUUAUCGACAUGGUUGCUGUUCGAAUCCAAUGUACAUCGGGAUAUAAAACAAACAAUGUAAAGCCGACUUCAAGAGUACAUAAACUAAGUCGUAAAGUCUUUCCCGAUGACUUCAUAUUUGGCACCGCUGCAUCUGCUUAUCAAGUUGAAGGGGAAGCACUCAAAGGUGGACGGGGACCUAGCAUUUGGGAUGAAUUUGUAAAAAUUCCAGGUUUAAUCCCAUAUAAUGCAACUGGUGAUGUUACCGUUGAUGAGUAUCAUCAUUUCAAGGAAGAUAUUGAUAUUAUGAAGGAGUACAAUUUUGAUGCUUAUCGAUUCUCAAUCUCUUGGAGUAGAAUUUUCCCAAAUGGAACGGGAGAUAUUAAUUGGGAAGGUGUAGAUUAUUAUAAUAGGCUAAUUGACCGUUUAAUACUCAAAGGUAUUACUCCAUAUGUCAAUCUCUAUCACUACGAUCUUCCAUUAACACUUCAAAACGAGUAUUUGGGUUGGUUGAGUCCAAAGAUAGUGGAUGCAUUUGCGGACUAUGCUGACUUUUGCUUUGAAAGAUAUGGUGAUAGAGUGAAAAAUUGGUUCACAUUCAAUGAGCCAAGAGUAGCGGCGGCUAUGGGGUACGAUACUGGCUUUCAUGCCCCUGGAAGAGCUACUGGUAGUAGAUUUGGAGGGAACUCAACGAUAGAGCCUUACAUUGUGGCUCAUAAUCUUAUCUUAUCUCAUGCUGCAGCAGUGAAUAGAUAUCGUGAGAAGUAUCAAAUUGAUCAACAAGGGAAAAUUGGAAUUCUUCUAGAUUUUGUUUGGUAUGAGCCUCACACUUACUCUGAGAGAGAUAAAGUUGCUGCUCAAAGAGCUAUAGAUUUUCACAUCGGAUGGUUCCUUCACCCUCUAACAUAUGGAUACUAUCCUAAAUCUAUUCAAGACAUAGUUAAAGAAAGAUUACCAGAGUUUACUAAUGAUGAAGUGGAGUUAGUUAAACGUUCAUAUGACUAUUUGGGAGUCAAUCAAUACACAGCCUACUAUAUUAAGGAUAAUGCUACAAUCAAUCCUGAACCCAUUAGCUAUCAAGAUGAUUGGCACGUUGAAUUUAAAUAUGAUCGUAAUGGCGUGCCAAUUGGGCCAAGGGCUCACUCGGAUUGGCUUUACAUUGUUCCAUGGGGUUUGUACAAGGCAGUGACAUAUGUUAAAGAAAAUUAUGGCAACCCAAUCAUCUUUCUAUCUGAAAAUGGUAUGGAUCAACCUGGCAAUGUUACACUUCCACAAGGCUUGCAAGAUACUCAAAGGAGACAUUUUUACCAGAAUUAUAUUAUGGAACUAAAGAGGGCUAUCGAUGAUGGUGCUUCAGUGAUUGGAUAUUUUGCAUGGUCUCUUCUUGAUAACUUUGAAUGGAGACUAGGAUACACAUCAAGGUUUGGUAUUGUCUAUAUCGACUUCAAGGAUAAUAAGCGCUACCCAAAAGAAUCAGCUCGAUGGUUCAAGAAGAUUCUCCAGAGGAGUUAG